UGUCCGUCCCGCAACACAAGGCAAUGCGAGCCCUCCCUCACCGCAGUCCUCGGGCGAGGGGGGGCCGCACAGCACCCCCCAGGAGGGAACGGCCGAGCUGGAAGCACCAUGUUUAUCACCGUGAGCUACGGAGCCGACUGCCACGAGAUUGUGAACGUGCAGUGCCGUGUCCUGAGUCUCACCGCACACUUGAAGCGGAAAUGCCAGUGCAGGCCAGAAGAUUGCGUUGAUCUUCUAGAUGAGUCCGGGACGCUGAUGAACCUGAGCCAAGUGGAAAGUCCUGGUUCUGAGCUAGCCAGGAAAUACCUACAGGAGAGGCAGCAUUACAUCCUCAUCAGAGUUGUGCGAGGAGAAAACUCAGAACCGACGUGUUAUGAAUCCCUCCUGGAGAACCUGGAAGAACACCACCCUGAGCUGGCAGAGCGGCUGCAGAAGUUAUCCGCACACCCUCCGUUGAAGGACGGCACGGGGAAGACUUCCACGCAGAGGAAGUUCGGCCAGGCUAAGGAACCACACCUGGGUUCUCCAGCCAAGUUGAGAAGCACACAGCAGACUAAGAAAGUUUUGUCCUCUCCAGCAGGCCCAGAUACAUAGGUCAGAGGAUCGCUUUUUUAACGGAAAAGUUUUCUUAAACUGUGCGCCGCGGAGAACACGAGAGUUCAAAAUGGCCACUCUUAAAAGGGCAAGAGCCCUUUUUUUCCCCUCC